AUUUGUUUUGACAGCCAAUGUUUUUCUCGUUUGCUGCAGUGUCGAUGCGCACGCGCCGCAUCAGCCAGUUCGCGCCGCUGCUGAUAGCGCUGGUGGGGCUGCCUGCGCGCGGCAAGAGCCAGCUGGCUCACCGUCUCUCCAGGCACCUGAACUGGAAUGGAGAGAGCACUAAAGUGUUCGACUGCAGCGAGUACCGCCGCCGGCACAUGGCUCUCUACUGCAGCCACGACAUCUUCCGCGCCGACCACCAGCAAGGAUCUGCUAUCCGCCGCCAGAGCGCGCGCGAGGCGGUGCAGGACGCGGUUCUGUGGCUGAAGGACGGGAACAGUGUUGCUAUUUUUGACGGCACCAACAUAACCAAGGAGCAGCGUCGGGAGCUGAACGACUACUGUCUCAACGACAUGGGCUUCAGGAUCCUGUUCAUCGAGUGCGUCUGCGAGGACCAGGACAUGCUCGAGCGGAACAUCAUUGAGAUACUCCACUACUCCGCCGAUUACAAGAACAUGAGCGAGGUGGAAGCGGUCGAUGAUCUCAGGAAGAAGCUGGAGCACUACAUGCGACAGUACGAGCCUAUUGACGCUGGUGUGGAGAACAUCAGCUUCGUCAGGGUCGAGAAUAUGGGCGAGACGGUCACCGCUCACAAAGUGGCCGGGCAAAAGGAAUCCGGCAUCCUUGGAUACUUGUCCGGGAUGAGGGCUCUGCCUCAGACCCUUUACUUCACACGGCACGGUGAAAGCGAAUACAACGUGUUAGGGCGCAUCGGUGGCGACGCAUCGCUCUCGGCCCGCGGACAGCUGUAUGCGCGCGCGCUGGCUGAACACAUGAACGCGAUCGGCACCCGCGACGCCAUUAACGUGUGGACCUCAGAACUUAGGCGCACCAAGCAGACGGCCGCGGAGAUCAGGGCCCCGAAGCGAGCUGUGAGGGCGCUCAACGAACUCGAUGCUGGAAUCUGCGAAGGCCUAACCUACGAGGAGAUGCAAGAGCGGUUCCCGCAAGAGUUCGCCUGGCGUGACCAGGACAAGCUGCGCUACCGUUACCCGUGGGGGGAGUCGUACAUCGAUAUCAUGACGCGCCUGCGUCCUGUGCUGUCGGCUUUGGAGGACGAACACAAUGUAGUGGUGGUUGGCCACCAGGCAGUACUGAGGUGCAUGCUCGGAUACUUCCUGGAUGCUAAACUUGACGAACUGCCGUACAUGAACGUGCCUCUCCACACCAUCGUGAAGCUGACCUCGUACGGGUACAAGUACAACGUGGAGAUGAUCAAGAUGCCGAUCGACUGCGUCGACACGCAGCGCCAGCAGCCCAAGGUGAGCACGAACUGCUCCAUCACGAGGAGUGCGUCUGACGCGCUGGUGACGGUGCCGUCGCACUACGACACCCUCCCAUCCAACCUGUGGCAGAGCGCGACCGAGGCGCAGGUCUAGGCCUCCGGGCCCGGGGCCAGCUGCCCCGCACCUAGCACUAGGGCUCCGCCCUCGAGUGACGCCUGACCCGCCCGGGAGUGGCCCGCGGCUGUGAAACGCUGCGGACCGAAGACGCGACGCACACCCGUUGUGAGAGUCGACCUCCACGGAAACAGACUUUGGAGUGCUUGAUUCCUGUGUCGAAGCGCGUUGAAUUUACCUAGCUUUUAUUCUAAAUCUAGUAUUAGUCUGCGAGCGUGGAACGCUCGCCAACGAUCUGCGAUCACCCCGUUAGCUCAAUCGUAAUUUGUACAAAUUUUCACAUGUGACAGUGUAAGCUUCCAAUUAUUGUAAUAAGACUGAAAGGUGUAACCUAUCCAUGAUCCAAACCGAGUCAAAUUCAUUCGUUUUACACUAGAAACAUUUAUAGAUUAAUUAUUGUGUUCUUAGUAUAAGCAAGUAUGAGAUAGCUCCCUUAUCUUAUCGGUUGAUUAUUUUGGUUAGGUAAUAGUACGCUAUUUUAUCUAGUAUAAGCACUUCGAAUCUAAAUAUUUGCACGUAAUUUACUCUUAGGUUGCAGUUUUCAUUUUAGUAAAUAAAAAAAUAAGAAUCAUCUUUUUAGCACUUAUAUUAUUCGCAGUAUAGAGGGUCUUCAGUAAUGCUUGUAAUGUUUAAAUUCGGUAAUUUAGUUUUACAUUAAUUAAAAAUUGAACUAAUUAACAAUACUUUUAAGUGGAAUGGAAUUAAUCUUACGUUUAGUUUAGAUAGUUGGUGGUUUUGCGAUAAUAUUUUGUGCUAUGCCUAAUUAUACGUUAUGUUCAUCUUUUGCAUUAUUAUCUUUAGUCCUAAGCCGGGAUUUGUUUCGCAAUUUAUAUUUUCAAGGGUUUUUGCUAUCAACUUGCUUACUGUAAUCUGUAAUGAAUGGACAUGGUGGCAGUAUCUGAGAUACUGGUCAGUUAGGGUAAGACGUACGUACUUAUAGUUUUUAAGAUUCUCUCUUACAGUACCUAGUUCUCCAUGUAUUGGUGUUAUUGAAUUUCUAAGAUUGGAUCACUUGCAAAGUUGCAACUGAUGUCAUGUUUGGCAUUUAGGAUCUAGCGAAGUAGCUGUUCGUAUUUUGCCACCGUAGAGGUUUAGGGUGGUAAAAUAGUAGAUUUUAUUCUAUCAUUCAGCAUUUCACAAGUGUUGUUUUGAAAGAUAGGACUAGGACAGCUUUGUUCUCAUUGCCUUUGACUGGUCAAAUUAUGGUGGUCUUUACACCUACAUAAACUGCAAGUUUAUUGCUAUUAUGUUGAGUUUCGAAUCAUGUUUGAUGAGAUAAUAAUUUUAAGAAUUACAAUCUCACUGUCUUUUUAAAAUAAAUACUGUUUAGUAGGCA